AUGGGUUGGGACAGUAUUUGCUUCAACACGGCAGCGUUCAUUGCAGGGGUCUUUGUCCUUGACUAUGGUGCAGACAAAUUCAUCGAUCACACUGUGAUCGCAGGACAGCGACUAGGCAUCUCACCAACUCUUAUUGCCCUUUUGACUGCUGGAGCUGAGUAUGAGGAGCUUGCUGUCGUUGUCGCUGCAAUCCUACAAGGUCGCACCCCUUUAGCUUUGGGCAACGUCAUGGGGUCUACAAUUUCCAAUAUCCUGGGUGCCUUUUCACUGGGGCUUUUAUGCCAUCCAGGCGGUGGUUCCUUUGAUACCAGUGCGAAGAUAUAUUCUGCAAUUCUGUUCUUUGUCACUACUCUAUUCGUAGUCUUGACAUACUUUCAACAGCUGAAUAGAGUCACCGGUGGGCUUCUCAUCGCCCUCUUCGCCCUCUAUAUUAUCUCUAUUGGCUAUGCCAUGUAUAGAGGUAUCAGUGAACCGCCUCAGCUGUCGGACAGUGAAAGCGACGAUGAAUCAAUCAAUGUUUGUGAACAAACACCAGGACAUAGUGCCAGGCCGUCAGUUUCAGAAGCCUCUCCUCUGUUGGGAGGUACGAAUACGUCCCGGGAAAUAACAAAUCUUCCGCGACCACUUUAUCAUCAUGUCCUCCAGCUUAUCAUUGGACUGCUCGCACUCUCCUUGUCUGGAUAUAUCCUUGCCCACAGCGCAGGUACUAUCGCCGAUUCCCUCCAUCUGUCAGGAACGGUUUUUGGCUUAACCGUGAUCUCGUUUGCCACGACCCUGCCGGAGAAGUUGAUUUCUAUGCUUAGUGGCUUUCGUGGACAGGGAGGCAUAAUGGUUGCAACCACAGCAGGGAGUAAUAUCUUCCUGUUAACGCUCUGUGUCGGUGUUGUUGCGGUGGCAGGAAGCCCCCUCGAUCAAUCAGAUACCUUUGUCCUGUUUGAUCUGAUGACAGUUUGGGUAUCAUCGGUGUGCCUCCUAGUUGUCGUCUUUCUUGGACCUCACCGAAUUGCUGGCCUGGUACUUCUCGCUGCCUAUGUGACUUUUCUAGUCAUGGAGUUCACCGUGUACAGACGCUAA